AUGGGGAAGAUAACAACUAGUGAAACUAAAACAAAACAACGUCAUAACCCAUUAUUAAAAGAUAUUUCAUCCCAAGGUGGGAAUUUAAGAACAAUCCCAAGAUCAUCAUCAUCACAAAAGAAGAAUAAAUCAUCAAAAAAACAAAAACGUAACAAUGAUGAUGAUGAUGAAAAAGAAGAAGAUGGUGAAGGAUUUUUAGAUGCUUCUAGUUCAAGAAAGAUUUUACAAUUGGCAAAAGAACAACAAGAUGAACUUGAACAAGAAGAUGAAACACAAAAUAAACCUUCAUUUGUUCAAUCAUUUAAAAAUCAACAAAUAGACAGCGAAGAUGAAGACGAAGACGAAGAAGAGUAUUCUGAUCUUGAAGAAGAAGAAGAAGAAGAAGAAGUUGAAGAAAUAGUAUAUGAUGAAGAAGAUGCUGAAGUUGAUGCAAAAGAUGCAGAAUUAUUUAAUAAAUAUUUCCAAUCUAAUGGUGAAAAUAAUGAUGAUAAUCAAUUUCAACCAACAAUAAAUUUAGCUGAUAAAAUUUUAGCCAAAAUUCAAGAAAAAGAAUCUCAACAACAACAACAACAACAAACCAUCACAGGAGACAACAAUCAUGAAGAUGCAGUGUUAUUACCACCAAAAGUCAUUUUAGCUUAUGAAAAAAUUGGUCAAAUAUUAUCAACUUAUACUCAUGGUAAAUUACCUAAAUUAUUUAAAAUUUUACCAAGUUUAAAAAAUUGGCAAGAUGUAUUAUACGUUACAAAUCCAAAUAAUUGGACUCCUCAUGCCACUUAUGAAGCAACAAAAUUAUUUGUUUCGAAUUUAUCUAGUAAUGAAGCAACAAUUUUCAUUGAAACAAUAUUAUUACCUCGAUUCCGUGAUUCUAUUGAAAAUUCUGAUGAUCAUUCAUUAAAUUAUCAUAUUUAUCGAGCCUUAAAAAAAUCAUUAUAUAAACCAGGAGCUUUUUUCAAAGGAUUUUUAUUACCUUUAGUCGAUGGUUAUUGUACUGUACGUGAAGCUACUAUUGCUGCUUCAGUAUUAACGAAAGUUUCUGUUCCAGUAUUACAUUCAUCAGUUGCAUUAACUCAAUUAUUAACUAGAGAUUUUAAUCCUGCUACAACAGUUUUCAUUAGAGUUUUAAUUGAAAAAAAAUAUGCUUUACCUUAUCAAACUUUAGAUGAAUUAGUAUUUUAUUUCAUGAGAUUUAGAAAUGCUACUAUUAGUCAAGAUGAAAAUAUGGAUAUUGAUCAAGACCAAAAAGCUAAUGCUAAUGCUAAUGCUAAUGCUAAUGCAAGUACUAGUACUAGUACUAAUAAUGGACCUCAAUUACCAGUCGUAUGGCAUAAAGCAUUUUUAUCAUUUGCUACUCGUUAUAAAAAUGAUCUUACCGAUGAUCAAAAAGAUUUCUUAUUGGAAACAGUAAGACAAAGAUUUCAUCCUCUAAUUGGUCCAGAAAUUCGUAGAGAAUUACUAAGUUAA